CGGAUUGGAGAGUGUUCCUGUUUGUUUUGAGUCAGUAUGUGUCUUCUUUCUCCGCUCCACCAGUGCCCGCGCGUGCAUGCCCUCAGACCCACACUGACCCAGGCACAGGAGAGAUAGCAGCUUCCAAGGGCGCUCUCUCUCUCUCUCCCUCAAGCCUUCCCAUGGCUGUGGAUUCUCCGUGGGACUAUCAGUUCCGGAUCAUCAUGCUGGGCGAUUCCACGGUGGGGAAAUCGUGUCUUCUGAAGCGCUACGCCGACGGGGUCUUUACAGAAUCCAUGAACCAAACGGUGGGGGUGGACUUUUAUGUCCACUUUCUGGAGCUCAUGGAACCCAACCUGCGUAUCAAGCUGCAGUUUUGGGAUACUGCCGGCCAAGAACGGUUCAGGUCAGUGACCCGUUCCUACUACCGUAACGCAGCUGGGGGAGUCCUGAUGUUUGACCUAACCAACCGGGCAUCAUUUGAGAACAUCAGGAGCUGGCACCAGGAAGUGGUGGACACAGUCAAACCUCACUGCCCAGUUUUCCUGCUGGUGGGGAACAAGAGUGACCUGGAGGCUAAACGGAAGGUAGGACAAAAGGAGGCCGAGAAGCUGGCGGUUUCUUUCGAAGCAAAGUAUAUCGAGACUUCGGCGAAAAGUAGCAGCAACGUGGAGGCAGUUUUCCAACUGUUAACUCUGGGCAUCUACAAGGCCUUGAAAAGUGGGGUGAUGAAACCUGGUCCACAGUGGGAUGGAGUGAAAACCAAACUGCCAUCGCCGGUUCAGCCAGAAGUUCCCACUCAGGAAAAGAGAAAGCAGUGUUCUUGUUAGCUGAAAGACAAGAGCCACUGUGUAAGCGGGACGUUCUUGUGUUAACAAUUUUGCAAGAGAAUUUACACAUUGUGCUACACUGUGAAGUUGUGAAGCCGUAAUUCAUUGACUAAAGCCACUAUGGUUUAAGUACAAUGCAAUCUGCGGCAUCCAUAAAUAUGAUUUAUACGUGCCCCAUGGGGUUUGCAGAGCAGAAUUUUGCAAAGCAAAUUUUGCAAGCCUCCUUUGCGGACACAAAUCUUGAAGACUCCAUCAGAGAGGCCUACAAUCUCAUUUAUACUUGCAAGUCACAAAAUGUUAAAAACAAGUGUUCAGGUGAAGCGGCCAAGCUAGAGUUGAGCUCAUGAAGAAUCAAGCUGGGAUACCCAUGGAGCACAGUACCUUGUUUGGUGUGGCAGCUGUGGUCAACUUUCCAUACACAUCUCUAACAGUAAACAAGGAUUCAUUGACGGUUAGAGCUUAUCUUUCCUUUGUAGUUAUGUCACACACUUCUAGCUACUGACUGCACUUCACAUGUUAUUUAGAGCAGGGGUCUCCAACCUUGGAAACUUGAAGACUUGUGGAC